ACUGCUGUCAUUUGUCACUCGUCAGAUAAACAAAUACAAUCGUCUCAGACGUGGGUCGUCUAAGUUUAUCAUUAUUUUAUUUGAUUGAAUCAAUAAUGUUUGUGUAUUUUAAAAAUGAAGAAAGUUCAGUAAAAUAUAUUAAAAAUUAAAGUAAACUCUUCGAACAUAAACUAAAAUGAACUACACAGAAUACAAAGCGUUUCAUGAAUCGUUUAUGAGAAACAAUCAUGGUUCUAACGCGGCACAUACAUUUUUGUGUAUUUUCUUCACAGUGCAGUGUACAUUACUAUGUGCUAUACAAGAAAGCAAUAGAGAAGACUUAAAACAUCUAUAUGAAUACAUAAUAAUUGGGCUCCCUUUGAUAUUGGUGCACACUGUUUUGACAGAGUAUAUUUGUUCAUUAAAUGCUAUUUUAGCAAUAAUAUUGCUUUAUAGUUUUAUAAAUAAUAGAAAACUUAUAAAUUUUGGUAAUUUUUUUAAGAUUGAACAUACUGAUUGUAAAAGGCUCCAUUCAAUAUCUUGCAUCAGAGGUCUUACAUACUUAAUCACUAGCUUGUGUAUAUUAGCUGUAGAUUUUAAAGAUUUCCCACGUUAUUUAGCGAAAACAGAGAGAUAUGGAUACAGUCUGAUGGACACGGGUGUUGGUUUAUUUGUCUUAAUAAGUGGUCUCGUACAUAAGGACCUGAAUGGUAAUUUUUCAAAAGUAGCAAAGAGUAACUUUAAAUUUGUGUCAAUUCUUCUAGUUCUUGGAAUAAGUAGAUAUGUAUCAAUUAAACAGCUUGAUUAUCAUGAGCAUGUAACUGAGUAUGGUGUUCAUUGGAAUUUCUUCAUAACUUUAGCUGUUUGCAAAUUUUUAUCAACUAUUUUUCUAUUGAUUUCUAAUCAAAUAUUGGUACUUAGUAUAUCUGUAAUGGUAGUUCAUGAGUUUAUGCUCUAUAAUAGCUUAGAAGCAUGGGUAUUCAGCAAUGCACCUCGUAUAACUCUAAUUGAUGCGAACAGAGAAGGGAUUUCAUCUACUCUUGGCUAUGUAUCCUUAUAUUUAUUUGCUGUGCAUUUAAAGAAAAUGUUAAUGCAUAGAAAUAGGAAAGAUGUGUUACAAAAUUUAGUUAUUUAUAGUAUAGUAUUCAUAACAUUGUCAUUUGUUGUUAAUUUAUUUAGACCAACUUCAAGAACUUUAGCCAACACUGGUUACUGUGCCUAUUUAAUAUCAAUUUUAUUAGUUAUAUUAACAAUAAUGUAUUUGAUAGAAUUUUCUUUGUACAAUGGUCAUAAAAUGGUUUUCCAAACACCUCUCAUGUUAUCUGCAAUAAAUAACAAUGGUUUAUUAUAUUUUUUAAUAUGCAAUUUAUUAACUGGUUUUGUGAAUAUAAUUUUUCAAACAAUGCUUCUACCAUCAAGUGUUACUUUCGUUAUUCUUAAUAUUUACAUGAUUUUUACAUUGUACAUAAUAUUAUGUUUGAAUAGGAGAGGGAUAAAAAUAUAA